AGUCGCGCCUGGCUGGCCGUCGGGGAGGAUCGCCAGAAGCUGCCGGGGAUGCGCCAGGGGAGGCGGCGGCGGCUCCACUGAGCGUGGGAAGCUCGGAGCGCUCGGAACGCGCCCUCGGGGCAGCUCGGGGAGGAGAGCGGAGGAGAGCCGGCAGGAUUCCUAUCAGGACGGAAGGAAGCAGACUUUCCUCAUUGUGUCCCCUCCCACGAUGUGGCUGCGACCGUGACAUGGCACGGUUGGGAUUCCCACCCCCUCGUUCCCCUCCCGAGGGAAGUUGCAAGGAUGCACAAAUUGUGAGCCACUUCCUAAUUCCCACUCUUUGCCGGCAAACUUCUGCUUGUUUGGAGACACGGCUGCGUUCGCACGGUACUGUAAUGCUAAACCUGCAUUCGGGGCUAAGCCGUUGCUUGUGAGUGUGGCAGAAUGGGCUGCGCAGAAUCCAAAUUCAACGUUCUCCCAGGAAAAGGGAAGCAGCGAGAGAAUUCGAACUCGACUCUGGAUGUUCGUUAUACCACCGAACCUACCCUCAAGCCAGCUCUGGGAUGCAGGAUAUCCAAGCCCAAGCAAACGGAUGAAUCAGAGGAUUUUGUCGUGUUGGCCUUGUACGACUAUGAAGCCAUACACAGGGAGGACCUCAGUUUCCAGAAAGGCGAUCAUCUCAAGAUCUUAGAAAAGUCGGGAGAGUGGUGGCGAGCCAAGGCCCUUUCGACAGGCAAAAUGGGCUUCAUUCCCAGCAAUUAUGUGGCCAGGAUCAAUUCCCUGGAGACGGAAGAGUGGUUCCUGACAGGAAUGAGCCGGAAGGAUGCGGAACGUCACUUAUUGGCUCCGGGAAAUUUUAUCGGCUCGUUCAUGAUCCGAGACAGUGAAACAAGCAAAGGAAGUUACUCCCUCUCCAUCCGAGACUUCGAUUCCCAGAGCAAAAUGGAUGUGGUGAAACACUACAAGAUUCGAAGCCUGGACGACGGGGGCUUCUACAUCUCCACCCGGAGCAACUUCAGCACUUUGCAGGAACUGGUCAGCCAUUAUAAAGGGAAAGCCGACGGAUUGUGCCAGAAGCUGACCCACCCCUGCGUGUUGCCGAAACCCGAAAAGCCCUGGGAGAAGGAUGCCUGGGAAAUCCCCAGGAGCUCCCUGGUACUGGAGAAGAAGUUGGGCGCCGGACAGUUUGGAGAAGUCUGGAUGGCCACCUAUAACUCCCACACCAAAGUGGCCGUGAAGACCAUGAAGCAGGGCAGCAUGACGGUGACGGCCUUCCUUGAAGAGGCCAACAUCAUGAAGACCCUGCAGCAUGACAAGCUGGUCAGACUCCAUGCGGUGGUGACCAAGGAAGAGCCAAUUUUCAUCAUCACCGAAUUCAUGGAGAAAGGCAGCUUGCUGGAUUUCUUAAAAAGUGAGGAAGGCAAGAAGCAGCCCUUCCCCAAACUGAUCGACUUCUCUGCCCAGGUGGCUGAAGGCAUGGCGUUCAUUGAGCAGAGGAACUACAUCCAUCGUGACCUCAGAGCUGCCAACAUUUUAGUCUCGGCCCUCCUGGUGUGCAAGAUUGCGGACUUCGGCCUGGCCCGAGUGAUAGACGACAACGAAUACACCGCACGGGAAGGUGCCAAGUUCCCCAUCAAAUGGACGGCCCCCGAAGCGAUCAAUUACGGGUCUUUCACCAUAAAGUCCGACGUGUGGUCCUUCGGGAUCUUGCUGAUGGAGAUCAUUACCUACGGGCAGACUCCGUAUCCAGGGAGGACAAAUUUGGAAGUGAUGCGUGCGCUCGAGCGUGGCUACCGGAUGCCCCGUCCCCAGGACUGCCCGCAGGAGCUCUACGAGAUCAUGAUGAGGUGUUGGAAACAGAAACCGGACGAUCGCCCCACCUUUGAGUACAUCCAGAGCAUCCUGGAGGAUUUUUUUACCGGCACGGAAAAGCAGUACCAACAACAGCCUUAGAAGGGAUGCGUCGUGGCCACACCGGUGUUGCUGGCGUGCUGCAGCACCGUGAGGCCCCAGAGGUUGGAAGGUUCUGGCGUGGAGAGACUUUUUCCUAUGUGCCAACAUGGUUGGUUUGCAAAUCGGGUUGGAUUAAGGAACUGAAUUAAGACUUCGGUCUUCCCUGCAAACCAAUCAGAAUGCAGUCAGCAGAAACCGCUUCGAAGAUGGAAGACAUUUUAUCUUUGAUGGCUGUUGGGAAGCCACAACAUUCUGGUGGAAGUUCCUGGAGGGAUGUGCGUGAACAGGAAGUGUGUCCGUAUGAGAAAUUGUGUGUGUACAUAUA